AUGUGUUGUGCAAACACGGAAAAGUUAGUUCCACCUGCAGCUUCGUGCAGUCACCUCGUGAAAAGAUGACAUAUCCGUGCAUUGUGAAUGUGUUGACGGUGGUUUUUAUUUUAGCAUCAGUCUACGGUGAUGACUGCUUUGAUUGUGUCCAGAAAGGUGACUUCAAGCAUGAGGUGCCAUCAGUGACAGAUUCAAAUAUACAUCCAGUAUAUAGGAAGCGGCAUUUUUUUAUUAUAAUACCAAUUGGCCUUCUUGUGGUACUUUGUAAAUGGUGUCUGUACUGUUGCUGCAAGCGCCAAAGAAGAGGAAUACCAUAUGCGAAUAUGGAGGAAGUAACAGUCACUGUUACAUCAGAAACAAGACAGCCAUCAACAAGUGGAAGCUUGACACAUCCUCAGAACUUCCAGCAGCAACAGCAGCAGCAGCCACAGCCAUUGCCAAGGUCUCUCUAUAAUCCAUUUCAGCCUAUACCACUACCACCUCCACCACAAAAAAAUGUUUCAUCAACUCAACCUGCAGGUGAAGAUCAACCGCCAUCAUAUAGUGAAGCAUGUGGCAUGCAACUUCCAAACAAACCGUUUUAUAAAUAAUAAAUUAUUAACUUGCAAGUUUAAUUUACGUAGGUAUUGUUGGUAUGUUGUUUGAAGGGAGAACAUUUUCAUAUGUUGUGCCAUUCAUUGAAGUGACCAGUAUUUUGUCAUCAAGCUAUUAAGUUCUUAUUUGUGUAUCACAUAACUAAAAGGUACCUAUGCAGCUUAACCACAGUAUUCCAAUUAAGAAAAAUUCUGUGUUUUACCUGGUUCACAUUGCAUCGCUGUUCUAAGUUAGUAAUGUAACUACUGUAGGAAAAACAUUAUGCACAACCCGAAAUAUUCCACAUCUGCAAAUACUGUUACAUAGACCAAUAUUUUUACAUGAAAUUAGCCUACCCAAAAUACUACAUUUACCACCAAAAAUAGUAUUUGAUAGUUCAGUCAACGUGCACAAUACUCUAGGCCAUGCCUAUGCUAGCCCUGCUUCCAUUCCUGUACUACCUGAGUCAUUUUCCUGUGAACGACCUACAUGAGAGACUUCUUUCAUACAUACAUCCGAUGCCUCAUAGUGUUGUCCAGUUAUAGGUAUUUCCUACCUUAUGAAGAGUAUUUACAAGUAGCCAGGUCAUUUAUGAGAUCAAUAUUCUUAAACUUGUUCCAGCAUUACAUGUAAGGCUGACAACCAGCUGCCUGCCUCCAUAACUGGCCACCACCAAACUGUGGCUAAUUGUAAACACAGCCACCCACUUGAUGAAUCUACUGCCCACCAUGACAUCAAUUACUGCAUUACCACACCUUUGGACCCACUACAUACAUUACCAGCUCCUCUGAAGUGAACAGUUGAGAACAACCUCUCCAGCAUAUCCUCUGUUAUCUCAAUCCCAUGGAUCUAAACGUCUGCUAGUGCCCUUCCCAUAUCUAUGACCUUACUGAAUUUUUCCUCUUUUCUUUCCGUACACUGCUCUCCUGCUCCUCUAUAUUUUAUACCUAAAUUUCUCUACUCACUCCCCCCUUCCCCCUCCCUGUUAAUGUUCAGUGAACAUCCCUUUCUCAGUCCCCACUUUAGUACAGUAGCUCCUUGCUAAUCUGUCCUCCACGCAUCCAGGAGCAUGGUCAGAAUGGAAAAAAAGAAGGUUGGAUCUGACCCAUUACAUCACAGUACUGCAUGAUUUUAAUUUUUGACUGGAAAUACUGUCUGAAAUAUUGUUCUGUGUUGAAAUAGUAACAAAACUAAAGGAAAGUGUUGACACACUAAAAAAUCUUACAUGAAAGUGUAAUGUAUAUUAUUGCCAGUACUGUAAAAUAUGCCUGUAUCGUACAGUAAGAUAUUGAUACUGUGAGCAAAAGUGUAACUUCUGUAGAUAAUUUAUUACCAUACUACUUUGAGACAACUGAUUUAAACUGAACUGUAUACAAUAUGAAACAUCACACAGUAAAAUGUGUUCUAUUCUUAAGCAGGAUGGAAAAACAAGUCUAAAAUGCUCUUUUGCUUAGCAGAUGACAAUCUUGAUAGUGUUGCAGUUUUCAGCCAUCCACAAAAUGUCUACUGGAAUAGAUGAGCUUUGCUCGAUGAAUUGAAAGACUAUAUCAAAUGCAUUUUUAAUAUCUGUAUGUGAUACUCGAGCUGUAGGUUCAUUAUCAUUGUCAUCUUUCUCAUUCUCAUCGGUUGUUUAGUUACAGCAUCAAAUGAUUUCUUCUUCUUCUUCUUCUUCUUCUUCUUCUGCCUCUUCCUCUUCCAUUGACAUUGCAUCUCAGGAUGGGACUUGACAGCAACCAACACUGUCAGUGUCUUCUCCAACCUCAUCACUCCAUCCCAACCUCUGUUAUGCUCUAGCUCUUCUUCCUCCAGGCGCACUGCAGCAGGCUUUACUUGUGGGAUCCAUCUCAUUGAGUCUUAUUACAUGUUCUGCUCAUCUCAAUCUACACAACUUUAGUGUGUGUAGUCUGGCUUCAGCUGCGAGAGACUGUGGUCAUGAGUGUGUGAGUUGUGUUUGUGCAUGCUCUCAUUCCUUUAUCUUCUUCAGCUCCCAUUUUCAUACACAGGUCCAGAGAUUCUCCUCAGUAUAUUUCUUUCAUUUGAUCUCAGUCUACUUUCACCCUGCUUUGUAAUCGUCCACAUUUCUGAACCAUACACAAGUACUGGGUGUAUCAGCAUUUUAUAGAGUCGGCACUGAGUCUCUCAUGAUAGAAGCUUGGAUUUAAUAUGUCACAGCAUUCUAAAAUAAAAUCAAUUAGAAGCACUUUGCAGUCCAUAAUUUCAGUUGAUGUACUGCCAUUUGCUUCUAUCUUUGCGGCCAGAUUUGUGAAACAUUCCACUUGCUCUUAAGUUAUUCCAUCAAGGGUUACUGUGGGCUGUGUGAGUUUAUUUGUACCAUUGUACAUAUACUUCCCUCAGUUUUAGAGCUGAGAAGGCACCUUGUAGAUCUGUAAAUGUUCUAUUCGUUAGGUUCAAAUCAUCUGCAUACCCAACAGUAGUACGGAGUUACAGUAGAUAGUACCUCUUAUCUGGACACCCAAUUCAUGCACCACUUUCUCGAUUGCCAAGUUUAAGAGUAGACAGGAAAGCCCAUCCCCUUUUCUUAGCCCAGUUUGUAUGGGAAACUGGGGUGAUAGCCUAGACUGCACUCGCACAGUACACAGGGGAUGACUUAGGGUGGCCUCUCAAAUGCAUCAACUUCUCAGGCACCCAAAAUUCCUGUAUUGCCUCAUAAAGUUUAGCCUGAUUUAUUGUGCCAUAUGCAGAUUUGAAAUCAAUAAAAAGAUGGUGCACAACAACAUUACAUUCAUUGGUCUUUUCUACUAUUUGCAGGAGAGUAAAUAUCUGGUUCACAGUUAACUUUCCUGCUCUGAAAGUCUACUAAACAAGAUAUUUGACAAUACUUUAUUUGCAAUAUGUUAUGCCUCUGUAGAUGUCACAUUUGAAUAUAUCUCCUUUCUUGUGUGUCAAACACACUGUCCCUAAUAAAAUUUUCUCCGGCUUCCAGUCACGUCCAGUGGUUUAAAAUCCACAAGCUUUUGGCCGAGUUCUCCUCGGCCAUUGUCAAGUGGUAACAUGACCGAGGAGAACUGGGCUUAAAGCUAAUGUAUUUUAAACUACUGGACAUGACUUGAAGCCCGAGAAAAUUUUAUCAGUAUAUGUCACUGUGAAGCUAUGCAUUUGUAUACACUGUCCAUAAAUUCCAUAUUUCUGGCAACUCUUUUUUUCCCCUGCUAAGGCACAAAAUCUUGUAUAUCUUGCAAUUAAACUCAGCUCCUCUGGCUUUCAAUAGUUCUGAUGUUAUAUUAGCAGUCCCUGGUGCUUUAUUGUUCUUCAAUGAGGCAAUUGCUUUGUGUACUGCUCCUUGUGAGAGGGGAGGCGGCCUCAUCCUCUUUUUCUGGGUGCAUUAUUACCUCUCCGACAGGGGGCUCUGGAGCAUUCGAUAGUUCACUAAAAUAUUCUACUCAAUGUUCCAAUAUCUCUUGGUCAUCAGCUAGUAAUUCCCCAUUUUUACUUUUACAUAUAUUAAUACAUGGCUUAAAAGUUCUUCUUUCACUAUUAAUUAUCUGAUAGAAUUUUCUGACAUUAUUUGUUUUUCCAAAUGUCUCCAGUCCUUCAAUCGGCUUUCUUUCCCAUUCCCUUUGCUUUUUAUUAUGCAGUUAUGCAGCUUCUUCUCUUCUUUCCUUUUAUCUUGAUAAUUUCUUACUCCUAAUGUAUAUAUGAUUUCUAAAGCAUUUUCCUAUACGCCAGGUUUUUCUUAUGACUUAUCCUCUUGCGAUUUUCAUCAAACCAGGAAUUCGUUGGUUGUUUUUCUUCUUUCCCUAGCACUUUUUGUGCUGCCUUAAUGUCUGUGUCCCUGCAAGCACUCCAUUCCUGAUCCAGAGUAUCACUUACAAUAGGAGUGUAUAGUGCAAGAUUCUGAGUAAUCUUCUCAGAGUAUGUUUUAGCAAUGUCUUCAUUUUUCAGUUUUGAUACCAUGUACUUUCUUUAAGAUGUUCCUUUCACUUUCCUUGCAUUAGAUAUCUGAGCUCUUAGUUUUGCAGUUACAAGGUGUUGGUCUGAAUACAUGUUGACUCCUCUGUAGGUAUGUACAUCUAGUAAGUUCGAGAAAUGCCUACUGUCAGUAAUUACAUGAUCAUUUUGGUUGAAGGUAUGUUGAUGAAGGCUACACCAUAUUGCUUUAUGGAUCUUUUGUGUGGGACUGUAGUGCAACCUACAGCCAUGUUAUGUGAUAGUGCAAACUGAAUAACUCGGUGUCCAUUAUCAUUUGCGUAUUCAUGAAGGCUAUGCUUUCCCAUCGCAGAAUGCUAAUGAUCUUUUCCAGUUUGUGCAUUGAGGUCUCCCAUAAUUAUUUUAACAUCAUGCUCGGAGUAUCUGUCAUAGGCUCCCUCGAGGUUCUCAUAGAAGGGAUCUUUAUCCUGAUCAUCUGCUGCUUCUGUAGCUGCAUGUACGCUGAUCAAUGAACAGUUUGCAAAUCGGGUCUUCAGUCUCUUGUGAGAUUCUAGAUGUUAUUCUAAUAAAUCCACCCACUAUAUGUUUAAAUUUUUGUCUUACUGUGAACCCUGUGCCAGAUUUGUGGUUGCCCUUUGGACCAUGGUAGAAAAUUAUCCAGCUUUCCAUAUCAAGCACUCUGUGUGCAUCCUGCCCAACACUGAAGGUGCCUCUGACAGGUGCCCUGGGAGGGACAUCAAUGAUCUGGUCAGCAGUUAAUUCUACUUCUAUUGUACAGUCAACAUCUGCUGUAGUGAUCCACUCACUCACGUCAUUUGCCUACAUGUCUGGUUGUAAAGACAGCAUCACGUCUUUACAUUUAGUUGGUGUCAUUAGUUUUAUGUGCUUUAAUAUGUAAGAACAACACUGUCAGUAAUUUAUAAAAUAAGUGCUCGUGCAAUAACACGUAUUGAUCAAGUCAGAAACAAGUUAUUUCAUGCUAAAACUGCUUGGUAGCAAUUUCUUAUGUUCUUUAUUUUACAGUAUAUCGAAAAUUUUCUUUUCAUAUUAUGUUACUGCUACCCUUCUUGUAGUUACCACAAAGUAAAGCUCCUAUACUGAGUACUCAGUUGUUGAAAGUGAUUACCAGUGCAUGACACACACAAUUUUACUGUGCACUCUCAAAUAUCCCUGUUAUCCAUUAUACAUUGAGACAGUUUAUACUGUAGUUUCAUACACUAACGACUUCAUGUAACCUCAUUAUUGAAACUGAGUCAUUUUAUUGACUACUGCAAUGUUUUAAACCCUGCAUGGAAACUACAUCACUUACUUAGGUCUUGUGUUGGAAAAUAUAACACUGUUUGCCGUAUACUGGGUACUACAAUAGAAGUUUACAUAAUUAAAUAUUGGAAGUAACACUUGUAAAUUGAGAAAUACGCUUCAGAAUAACAUGGAUAUUUAUACUUAUACAGUGUGUCCCUGGAAUAAUAGCCAAUAUUCAAGGAUAUGACAGAGAUGAUCAUUCAGAGCAAAACAGUGCCAUAAACACGGGCUCUAAAUUGCAUACCUUACGAGCUCUGAGUUCUUGUUAAGUUGGUAGAGCACAUACUCAUGAGGGGUAAAGAUCCCAGGUUUGAGUUCUGGUCAGGCACACAGUUUUAAUCUGCCAGGAAGUUUCACAGUACCUCUUUGAAUCAUAUCAAAUCUGUUGAGUUGAGAUAAAAACCAAGUAUUAAAAAUGUAAAUGGCACCUCAGAUCAAAAUUCUAAAACACACGCAAUUCUCACGACUACCAGUACUAACAUCAUAUCUAGAUUUUUGUAACACUGAAACAAUAUUAAAAAACUGGAAAAGUUGUGUUCAAGGGAAAAGAUGACAUUAAAGUGUAAUUUCAGAUUCUGGAGUAUCACAACAAUCACCAAGCUCAAAUUCCUCAAACAGUUACAAACAGAAAUACUAAAUUAUAUUUAUACAGAAUAUGAUAAUUUAGAAGAAAUGGAGACAUUGUAUGAAAGUUAACAUCAUCUGUUUAGUAUUUAACAAACAAAUUGAAAGAUUAUUAGUGGUCUGCCUUAAGAAGCUAAAAUGUGAAAAUUGUUUUUGGACCAAGUGCAACAUGUUUGUCACAGAAAGGAGGAGGACAGAGUCGCUGAUGAGAUGUGUUAGGAUACAGGCAUAUUAUGUAACUUCUUCUCAAGUUAUAGUGUUUCACAAUUUUAGUUCUUAUAUUUCGGCUGAAAUACUUCUAAGGUAUAAGCUGAGCAAGAAACCUAAAUAAAUCAUGAAGAGUAUUGAAACUUAACAGCUGGUGUUUUCUUUAUGCUAAUUAAAUCCAUUAUGAGUUCUUGCAAAGAUGUGAGUGUGAGCUUAGAGAUACUAACUAUGCAGUUUCAACUUGUAUGGG